UUGGCGCUUCCCCGCGCCGAGGUUCGCGUUCCUAUUGGGCAGGAGCCCUCGUGACCUCACCCGUGAAACUGGCCGUUUGGCUUGGAUGAAAUGAAGCCAUUACCAGUGAAUUCCAGAAUAUUGUCCCUGGCUUCCCAGGCUACUGAAAGCCCUGAUCAGGAUGUCCCUGUGCUGCUGCUGAAGUUAAAAGAUAUUUUAAAUAGUGCACCACCUGGCAGCGAAGAAUUAAAAAAAAUUAAACAAGACUUGUACUACUACGAUCUGGUUCAAUACUGCACAUUAGUCCUUAAGCAAGAUUAUACAAGAGUGCUUGGAGGCUGGACUACUGCUGCCCAGAUAGCAGAGAUACUAAGCCAGUGUUGUGUGGGCCUCGAGGUAAAAGAAGAACCAGAGGAGUUUUACAAUAAGCUACUUCCUUCUGUUGCAGACAACCUCCUCUUCUUGGGAAGGCGCCUACAAGCACGAUUCAUCCGAGCGAUGAAGGAUGAAGAGAGGAAUGAAUUUUUACACUGUUUCAGAACAGUAACUGAUGCCAUCUGCUGGCUGUGUGGCGGAUUCAUUCAGCUAACAGCAAAUGUGCUUCAGAAUAGACACUUCCAGCAACUGCUGAUGACGGACGAUGUUGAAACUUCAACCAUAAUGAUGUCUGUGUUGCAGAAUAUUUUAAGAGUCAAUAGUGCUGUGUUACUUCAAGUUGCUGAAAAGUCCCUGCACUGCAUUUUAGAUGAGCUUGUUUACAAGCUUUCGUCUUCCAUCAAUCCUGUCAUAGGAAAUGCAGCUAUAAAGCUGUUACUCUUGAUUGCACAGUCUGAUGCCCAACUUGUGACAACAUUCGCUACCCGCUACAAAGGACUACAAAGCCUUCUAAGCAAGCAGUGGACUGGCAAAGGAUUUGACAGGAACCUGAAUCAGCUUUUGGACUUGCUGUGCUCAGAAAAUUACAAGGUUGUCAAAACACAGAGACUACAUCAAGCAGCUUGCUUAAUCCAAGCAGCAUGGAGAGGAUUUCAAUCGCGAAAAAGAUUAAAGCAGCUUCCAAAAGCAGUAACAAUCUUGCAGAGAAAUUUCAGAGCUAAAAGAAAACAGGAGUUGCAAGGUUUAAAAAAGCAGAAAGAAGAGGAGGACCUCCACCAACAAUUGCAGCUUCAAAGACAGAGAGCCAUGAGGCUGUUCCAUGAACGACAGCUUAUGCUAUUGGAAGUAGUUCAUGCAGGUCAGGUGGAUAAGCAUAUGCAUGAAAUGGAGGAGAAGUCAGCCAUAACUAUCCAAAGAUACUGGAGAGCAUAUAAGGAAAGGAGAAAUUUUCAUCAUCAAAAGAAGUCUCUUAAGCAGUAUAAAGCAGCUGUCCUCAUUCAGAGAGCGGUGCUGAAGUUCUUGGAAAAGCAAAGGAAAAGGAAAGCUUAUUCUCUCUUGAAACAGUCCAAGCACCUCUCUGAUGAACAGAGGCUAUCAUUGCAACAAAAAGUGAAUGACUACAUCAAACUGCACCCGGCUUCUGAAAUGUCACAGGAAAUGAGCAGGGAACUUCAUCAUCAAGCUCAGGAAAAGCUGGCCCAGUAUUUGCUGAAAAGAAGCCAGCAUCGCAAAGCAGAGCAGCAUAGAGAGGCAUUGCUAGCCCAAGUCCACACGGAUGUAGAUCAACUAAUGAGUGCUCCAAGUCUAACAGAAUCCACUACGAAAGAUCUGAAUGUCUUUAUGAGUAGAUCAGUUCCUGUGGUAGCCAAAGCCAAACAAUCCCACAGCACCAUGUUGAAAUACACACGGUGGCCAUGGUGGAAGAAGCUGGAAGAAGACUUCUUAGAGGAAGAUGCUGUUUCAGAAGAUCUGAGUGCUGAAGUGGGAACUUUGUUCAUUGGUGGAAGCAAAACUUAAUCUGGAAUGAACAAGGUUAUAUGUGUGGACUAUGUCUUCUGUGAAAAAAGAAAGUAUUCCAAGAUGGUCUGGCGAGCAGUCCAUCCAAUGCUGUCCAAAUGAUUUGAUUUU